GCCGUCAGCUAGACCUGUGUCGGCCUCUCUUUUAAAACCUAAACCCCUGUCGUAGCUCUUCGAAGAAGCUGUUUAAACCCUAUGGCCAUGGCUAUGAGAUUAGCGGCGGCGAGAGUGGCUCCGGCUGGGCCGCUUGGCUUAAGAACUGCGUUGUUCUCGACUCUAACUUUAUCUUCGCCGUUCGUUCCACCGCCGACUAAUCAAGCCGAGAGGCCUCCUCCAGCUGAACCCUCCACCAACCUCUUCGUCUCCGGGCUUAGCAAACGUACUACUACAGAAGGACUUCGAGAAGUCUUUGCAAAGUUUGGUGAAGUGGUCCAUGCUAGAGUAGUGACUGAUCGUGUUUCUGGAUAUUCCAAAGGCUUUGGUUUUGUAAAAUAUGCUACUAUAGAAGAUGCUGCAGAAGGUAUGUGUAGAGGUCCGGCGGGCGGCCAAGGCGAGGCUGCCGCCCGCCGGUGAAGCAGAAUAAUUAAG